AUCUGUCGAACACAUUCAAGGAGAACGAGGACCGGAUGCAGAAACAGCUGGAGGAGCUGGAAGAUCUGAAGCAAAACGCCACAGACGUGCGAGACGAGCUCAGAAAAAAAAUGCAGGCGUUCAGUGCCUGCCAGGUAUGAUGAUCUUCUGUCGCAGAGGAGCGCUGAAUACCCAGACUCUGGAACAGGCGAGCAUCACUCAUGAAAACGAAGCGCUGCUGUGGAGAUACCUCCAUUCUUUCAGUGUAAUUCAAUGUUUUACUUGUAAAGUGUUAACUGCAUUCCUCUGUCCAUGUACUGUACUUCUGAAAGCAUUUAUAUCCACACUACUCUCUGUGGUGUUUGUGCCAUUAAGCUAUUUCAUCUAUUUUUACAUUUCCUGUGGAGAGUUUGUUGGUAUUGAGAGUGAACUUUUAUCACAUUAAUACAUAACCAACUAUAGAAAUAUCAAAUUUUGUUAUAAGAAAGCUCUGAGAAAAGUUGUGAUUUAUUAUUGUGAUUUAUUCUUGAGGUCCUUGGAUAAAUAUAUCCAAACUUGUGAUUUUUUUUAUUAAAUUUGAAUUGUAUUUUUAUUUUUUGAUGUACAUUAAGGGGAAACAAAUAAAUGUGAUAUGGUAUGUGUUAAUUCA